AAGAGUAAAAAGCAAUUGAUUCGGUGAAGAAACUUGAAAGAAAACAUCGAACAGUCCCUUGACUUGUCAUAAUGUCAUUCUUCUCGAUGAGCAUCUUCUGCUUCCAAUGCACGGGGCUAUGGUUUCCCCAGGCAACAACUUCACCCUGGCUAAUUAACUUAUACAAAAUCUACAAUGCACUCAUAGUGACAGCAAUGUUUACAUUUGCUUUGACUCAAUUCUUCGCAGUGCUCACAUGCUUUCAUGACCCCAAGGAGCUCACCAAUGCUUCCUUCAUGCUGCUGACGAUUUUGGCUUCGACCGGAAAAGUUUUGAACAUGACUGUUCAUCGAGAAAAAAUCAGCAGAAUGGUUACACUAUUCAACCGUGAACCAUUCAAGCCUCGGGAUGACAAUGAAUUGGCAAUCAAGUCAAGGUUCCACCGGUCUGUGAGGAUUUUCACUACGAUCUACGGAGUCCUGACAACGACAACGUGCUCAUUGAUAACAGUCCUCUCCUUAUUUCGUGACAUGCCUCGUUGUCAACUGCCUUUCAAGGCAAAAUAUCCCUUCGAUCAUUCAGCAUCAGUUGGAUUUUGGAUUGCGUACUUACAUCAACUUGUCAGCCACUACAUGGGAGCUAUCGUCAACAUUGCUUUUGAUACAUUUAUUCCUGCCCUGAUGAUGGCCACCUCAGCUCAGUUGGAAAUUCUGAAGUAUCGAUUUACAACGAUGACACAAACCAUUGACAAAGAAUGUUCAAAGGCCAUUGGUGAAGGGGAUCAUAAUCAAGUCAUGAAAAUGGAAACAAAAUAUUUGACCAAUUACACAAAUCAUCAUCUUGAUAUCGUCCAAUUUUCGACAGACACGAAUAAUACAUUCGCUGGCUCAAUUUUCCUCCAAUACUGCGCCAGCUGUCUAGUUCUCUGCGUCAGUGUCUUCACGAUAGCACACUUGAAGCCCUUGAGCAAAGAGUUCAACUCUCUGGUGAUGUACGUUGCCUGCAUGCUGGUGCAAAUAUUUUUAUUUUGUGAUGCAGCAGACGAUGUUACUAUCAGGAGUGAAACUAUCGGUGAUGCUGUCUACGAAAUGGACUGGACAUCCUUAUCAGUCAGUAGUAAGAGGAGCUUGGUGUUAAUUAUGGCUCGCACUUUAAGCCCUAUAACGUACACCAGUGGACAUGUGGUUAGCUUGUCUCUAGUGUCAUUCAAUAGUCUCUUAAAACUUUCCUAUUCAGUCUACAAUAUUUUGAAUCAUUCGUCUGAAUGUAAUAGCAGGGAAAGUUGGAAGAAUGAGGGACUUGAAACUCUUUCCAUUGGCUUCCUAGAAUGCGUGAAUUACAAAGAUAUGUCUGGCUAUAUCAGACCCCUCCCUGAAGAAAUAAAUUGUUGUGAACCAACAGCUUGCGAUAAUGUCAGUUCUCUGAAAAUAUUCUCACCAGCACUUUUCUUCAUAUUUCUGAUACCACGUCAGCUUUGGACUCCGGAUUUCACUACAAUUGACACUAGAGCCAUCGUCAUCAUUGACCUUACAAUUUCUAACUUGAACAGAGAAUCAUUUGGAUUAUACAGAAUGUCUCUAUUUUCAAUCAGCAUUUUCGUCUUUCGCAUCAUGGGACUCUGGUAUCCUGCGGAUCCCUCAACCUGGAAGACCCAUUUAUAUCGAAUAUACAACGCUUUCACUGUUACCAUGAUGUUCACCUUCGCAUUGACUCAAUUUAUCGCAUUACCCUCGUGCAUUCAUGAUGCUGAACAAUUAACUAAUGCCUCUUUCAUGAUGCUGACAGACAUUGCGGUAGCCGGAAAAAUGUUGAACAUGACACUUCAUCAAAGACGAAUCACGAAAAUGGUUAAACUCUUCGAUCUGGAGCCGUUCAAGCCCCUGGAUGACAAUGAAGUUGCGAUCAAGUGGAGAGUUCAUCAUUCUAUCAAGCGCAUUACUCUAUUGUACGGAAUACUAACAGACACGACCUGUUCGAUGAUAACACUGUUUUCAUUCAUCCGAGACAUUCCGCGUCGUCAGGUGCCCUUCAACGCUUGGUACCCGUGGGAUCAUACAUCUCCACCUGGCUUCUGGUAUGCUUACAUUCACCAAACCCUCAGUCAUUACAUAGGGGCUACUGUCAACAUUGGCUUUGAUUCAUUCAUUGCUGGUCUGAUGAUGGCUACCACUGCUCAACUCGAAAUAAUAAAGUAUCGAAUUAUGAUGAUGCCAAGAGCAAUAGCGAAUGAGCGUGCGGAAUCUGAUUGUGGAUCUAAGCCUGAAGAAAUAUUGAAAAUCGAGACAAAAUAUUUGACGAGUCAUACGAGGCAUCAUCUUGCUAUUUUAGAAUUUUCAAAAACGACAAAUGACAUAUUCACGAUUUCCAUUGGCAUCCAAUAUUGCGUGAGUUCGCUAGUUCUCUGUGUCAGUGCCUUCAGCUUGUCGCACAUGAAACCUUUCAGCAAAGAGUUCAACUCUUUGAUGAUGUACCUUGCCUGCAUGCUGCUACAAAUAUUUAUAUUUUGCGCGGCGGCUAAUGAAGUUACGAUCAAGAGUGGCACGGUAGCAGACGCUAUUUAUGAAAUGGACUGGACAUCUCUGUCAAUCAACAGCAAGAAAAGUUUAAUACUCAUUAUGGUUCGUACUUUGAAGCCCAUCAUGUACACGAGUGCACAUCUGAUAAGUCUGUCGCUCGUUUCAUUCACCAGUGUAUUGAAACUCUCUUAUUCGGUCUUUAAUAUCCUAAACCACUCAUCUCAAGAGAGUGGAUGAAUUAUCCUGAAAAUCAACUCGUUGUCAUAAUAAAAAACGUACAAACUUCAGUAUGAAAUUUGGUCAGUUACAAACGGAUCCUUCAAUGGAAACAGGUCUUCAAUGGUCUGUACUCACUGUAUAAUUUAUCCUGAAAAAGUGUUUUGUAUAACAUUUUGCAACUGAAUAAUCCCCUGAAGUAGUAAACAAGAAACUUGAAUAAUUUGUCUUAUGGAGAAUGAAUUUAGAAUGACAUGUCACCACAAUAUGAAAGUAUGAAAUUGAAUGUUACUUGCUGGCAAUUGAUAAGGCGACCUGAAGUCUACGUUUAAAAGAGCAUCUCUAUUUGCAGGCACCAUAUAAAUCAUAAUGGUACAUUCAGACUUUUCAGAACAUAUUCCUCUGUCCUGAUCCGGGGGAUAUGCAAGUUUGAAAAUGAACGAGCAGAAUGCUUCAAUUCGAAAAAUAUCAGUAUGUACUUCUAAGCAUUCCCAACGGCCUAAAACGAUUGUAAUUGCCGAAACUGCAUUUAAGAUUAUGUAUGGAGAUACAAUAAAUAGAAUGGACCCAUAUUUAGAAGGCCAGCUGUUCUGGUUUUUAAGGAAUUCUGAAAAAAUUAACACUGACUAGCUCAAAAAAUGUAAUGUUAAUUAACCUUAUGGUUUCAGUAUUGAUAUGCACUGUUAUUGUUCGUAGCAUUAUUUGUGGGCUUUGAGAAAAGCCUCAAAAAUUUCAACCAAAUUACAG